UGCGGCAAAUCCGCCCUGUGCUGCUGCCAUCCCGCCCCCGCGGGGCUCCCCAGCUGCCGGGCUGGCCUGCCUGUAGCGGGCUACGGGGGUAUGGUGGAAACUGAGCGGGCGCUUGUCAUCCCGCUUUGGGCCGGGGCUCCUGCGGCCUGGCCAUGGCGGGUCGGUACCGGUUGGUGGCGGCGAGCUGUGGGCCGCGGCAUAUGUUUGGCCUGCUGCGUCUCCGUGCUGCUGAAUGACACAGUGACCAUCAGAACCAGGAAGUUCAUGACAAACAGGCUGCUUCAGCGCAAGCAGAUGGUGAUUGAUGUUCUUCAUCCUGGGAAGGCCACAGUCCCCAAAACAGAAAUCAGGGAAAAGCUGGCAAAAAUGUACAAGACAACUCCUGAUGUAAUUUUCGUCUUUGGCUUCAGAACUCACUUCGGUGGUGGCAAGACAACAGGUUUUGGCAUGAUCUAUGAUUCCCUGGACUAUGCAAAGAAAAAUGAACCCAAACACAGGCUUGCCAGGCAUGGCUUGUAUGAAAAGAAGAAGACUUCUAGGAAGCAGCGAAAGGAGCGUAAGAACAGAAUGAAGAAAGUCAGGGGUACAGCCAAGGCAAAUGUUGGUGCCGGCAAGAAGGUAGGAUGGGAGUAGUUGUAAGCUAGCACUCUAGUAUGUUGCCUUAGAAAUGUUGAUUAGAAGUUCUUCAGCAGGAUAACACUGUUUUUCUUCCAUUUCUUUCACCUGGUCUGUUGGAUAACAGAAGGUAAUCUGUGUGGUGUCAUAUAGCUUAUCAGCUGAGUAGUUUAGUUUUGCUCCUCACUGCUGCAAGCUUAGCUGAUACAACAUGAAACAAUGCUUCUUAAAUAAUUGUUUCCUACAUUUCACUUAAACUACAGUUAAACUUUCAUAAACCUAACAGUAUCGUUCUAAUUGCAUAACUCAGUAUUGUGCUAAUUGUGUAACUUGAUAUUGCAAUAUACAAAUUAGAUCAUCUUAACACUUGAUACUCAGACUGCCUAAAUAUCUAAUGCUUACUCCACCAAGUUACUGUUAUUUAUGGUGUUAUUAAUAAAGGAGGCUUUGUUAAAGAUGUGUGGUGGUGUAGGCAGUGAGGACAGUGUGUAAAUAG